AGAAACUUCAUACAUAUUGUAGUUUGCUUUCGUCUUAUUUACUAUUCAACAUUCGAGCAUCGUAGUAUAUUUAGCCAACGUAAAAAAAAUACAAAAUUCUCAGCAGUUAAAUUUACAACAAAAUUAUAUAAUGUGUAAUGAUGGAUCGUGUACACUUCGUUGUAAAGCCUUAUUUUUGGCGGGUUGGUCGCUAGGCCAUGGACUUCUGAAUCUGAUCUUUUACCUUCAUCAAUAUCAAACUUCUCUUGGUUUAUGGUUUAUGGGCUCUGGUUAUUUUAUAGCCAUCGCAGCAUUUAGUGUCCUCUCCGUAGUAGGUGGUAUAUUAAUGUUGGUCGCAAUCUUCAAGGAUAUUAAAUGGCUAUUUUUAUUGGGACUAGUGUUAAGCUGGGGUCUCCCGGUCGUUAUCUGCUAUUUCAUUUAUCCACUUGUCAUACACAUUAUUUUUACUAUAUGUGCUUGUCGGUACUAUAAAGAAAUGUGAUGAAAAAAAAACAAAUGAAAAAUUUCUGUAAUCAACUGUCCAUGUUCUGACGAAAAGGGAAAUUGUAAAGUAAAUUGCACAAUGAUAACGGAAUUCAGCUAUUGUAUUUAUCCUGGGGGCCUGGACCGCAUUGAAUACCAACAACAACAAAAAUAGAAAUCUCUUGCCGGCAGCUCACAGCUUAUAAAUAGUUGCAGCAUAAUCAAUUUAUGGAUCGACUAUAAAAUUCGAUCUGCAGCUGUGAACUAAAACUCGAUUGCAAACACAAGGCGUUGGCCUUCAAGCUGCUGUAAACGCUUGAGUGACUCUUCUAUUUUGCUCGAUCCUCGGCAUAAGAAUUGGUUUCUCCAUUAAGGCGUUUUUCUUUGCUAUCGGCUGGGCACUAUUUCUAAAAAGUUAGGAAAGUAUUGAAAUUAAAUAAAACGUUGUAUGUGAGUUCAA